UCAUCAGUGGCUAAACUGAGCGCCGUACUUUUCCCUUGCUGAAGUACAAAGUGCUCAUCGUCUCCAUGGCAUCCAUGUCUUGCCAGAUUGACGUUUUCUCAGAGCCGAGCGACAUCGCGGCCAGAGACACUCGGUCAAGAAUGCUCGUCCAAAAUGUGGACGUUUUCUAGAUCCCAGAACAAUCAACUAGCGCCCGGCUUCGCUGUCGUUGUCCAUCAUUUCUCUUACUGUGACCAGUGUUCCGAGGCCUGUGUGGAUUUCAAAGAGGAAUUUGUGUAGAUCCCACUUCAAGCCACUUUAAAAAACAAUCUGUUCCAUUUUCUUGCAGAAGUGCCAUAAAGUUAUACUUGACAGGUGGUGUGGACUAACGAGCCACAACCCAAUUCACACAGUGCCAUGUACAGCCUGAAUGCUCUCGUUGCCAUAGUAACCAUUCCGUUGUUGACGCUGCAACAACAAGCGGAAGGCAUGGUGUUGCCCACUUCCGCUGGUUCCCGGACCGAUGACGUCAUCGUUCAUUCCAGUCCCAGGACGAAAGACGGACCCCCCUACCCAGCAAGUGCCAUAACCAGCCACACAGGUGCUCCUGCCUACAGAAGGGGCACCGGCGACCCACACAACACAAGAGUGGAGAAAACUCUGACCUUUGCCUCGACCAAUCACCGUGGAGAUGGUGACAGCAGCGACCCGCCCCCUUCCGGUGUGGGAGGAGCUUCAAAUUCCAGCCCGCCCCCUUCUAGUAUGGGAGGGGCUUCAAAUUCCAACCCGCCCCCUUCUAGUAUGGGAGGGGCUUCAAAUUCCAGCCCGCCCCCUUCAAAUGUGGGAGGAGCUUCAAAUUCCAACCUGCCCCCUUCUAGUAAUGGAGGGGCUUCAAAUUCCAGCCCACCCCCUUCAAAUGUGGGAGGAGCUUCAAAUUCCAACCCGCCCACUUCAAGUGUGAGUGGAGCCUUAAAUGCGAACCCACCCACUUCCGGUGUGGGAGGGGCUUCACGUUCCCAGGCCACGCCCCCACCUAGGCUGUCCCCGUUGUUGUGGCGAUCGUCACCACGAGUCGCCCCGCCCCUGCGUCAAGUGCCUCGCGCCCCUAGCGUUCUCACGUUCACCGUGCCUGGAGCUGUGGAGGGAGUGGCUGCUGCUGCUGAUGAUGAUACUGCUGAUGAUACUGCUGAUGAUACUGAUAAUGAUACUGAUGAAACAUCUGCGGCAUCAAACUCUGCGUCAGUACCGUCCUCGUCCUAUCCAUCGUUGUCAUCAUCAUCCUUGUCGUUGUCGGUGUCAUCGCUGUCCCCCCACCAGUCUCAAACACCGAGGCUCUCAUCGACUUUUGUGAAAGAGUCGCUUGUAUCAUCACCACCACCCGAGUCGUCAUCGUUGUUUUCGUUGUCGCAAACAUCCCAACCAGACGCCGCAACAAGAUCACAAAGAUCGCCACGAGAACCACGGUCAACUACAGCAACCCCGUCCUCACCCACCACACAAUCCGCACCGGCUACAACAACAACAACAACAGCAACAGCAUCAUCAUCGUCGUUGGAACAGUCGACUUCGUCUACAUCCGCAAACCUCACAACGUCACAACCGACACACCUGUCGUCCACAUUCCCCCCGUCGCGGCCACCGAUCAAAGCGUUGACGAGGGUCAAACGUCAGUCAUCCUCCCUGCAGACAUCCCAAACGCUCGCACCCUCCACAGCGCCCACGCCAUCACCACGCACAACAACAUCCUCAUCAGCGACAUCUGCAACAUCAUCAGCAACACCACCCACAACAUCAGCAGCGGCAACAUCAGCAGCAACAUCAUCAGCAGCAACAUCAUCACCAAUAUCAUCAUCUGCAACAUCAUCACCAACGUCGUCAGCAACAUCAUCAUCUCCAUCGCCUUCACGAACAUCUGCUGACGACAGCAGCAACCCCGUGCCUACGUAUCUAUCUCACCCCGCCUCAACACCACAGCCCGUGCCUACCGCAAAGUCUUCACCCACCCACCCCCGUGCCUCCGCCAACCAAGACCAAGCUAUGACGUCAUCAGUAACUACAACCACAACAACAGCAGCAACAGCAGCC